CGAGGCGCGGUCUCCCCUCGCCGGUCCACAGCUUCAUGGAGGUCUGCUGGGAGAAGUGCGUGGACAAGCCCGGCUCCAGGCUCAACUCCCGGACGGAAACCUGCCUGGCCAACUGCGUCAACCGCUUCAUCGACACCACCCUGUCCGUCACCAGCCGCUUCGCGCAGCUCAUGCAGAAGGGCGGCCACUGACCCGCCGGGCUCGCGGGGGCCCUGCCCGCCAAGGGGCGGCCGGCGGGGCGGCGGGCUUCGCGGACUGCGCGCGCCGGCUGAGAGCAGGAGGCUCGUCCGGGCGAGCGGACUCGGCGCGGCGACUUCUUUUCUACGGCGGCGGGAGAGCGGGAGUAAAGGCACCCGGGGGCUGGAUGAGCCCGCUGAUAAAAUUAAAGGAGAUAAUGGCAACCCGUCUGUUCUUCCCACGGGGAUGUAAAGAUCCGAUCCAGUAACGCGGCACAGGGUGGUUUGGCUGGGUCUGAAGUCGCCGUUGGUAUCAGUCCAAGAAAGAUGUAAUUUAUUCUCCGUUAAGGUUUUAGCACAAGCCAGUUCUGUUCUGAUCCAGCCUUACAGUCGCGCUGGGGAAUGUCAGUCAGGCGUUUACUUCAUCCCGCCACCGGCUAUGUUUGUACAAUGUGAUGAUCCGCAAUUAAAUGAGCAACCGUUUAUUGAAUAAA